AUGGCGAUUGGCCUGGCAGCUCUGGGGCUCCUCGCUUUCCUGCUCGGUUGCUCCGGAACCUUUACCGAACCCCAAAACUCGGAGUCAGCCGACCAGUGCUCCCUGACCGGCACCUGGAAGGAUGACCGUGGCCUCAGAAUGGAGAUCUUCAGCGUCACUGACACGGGGCUGUUCAGCGGCCUCUUCUACAUAAUACCAUAUAAUAGACCCAGAUGCACCAUUCCACCCCCGCUGCAGGGCAUCCAGCACGAGGGGCGCCAGCCCAUCUUUGCCUUCACCUUCAGAGGGAACUUCCAUGGACCCAUCGCCCUCUAUGUGGGCCAAUGUCUGGUGGACGAGAACGGAAAGGAACAGCUGAGGACAACCUGGGUGCGGCGUAGCUCGUUGGAAAUCCCAGAAAAGUAUUGGGAGGCGACCCGGUAA